CAGAGACGGUUCUCCCUCAGACACGUGAACGUGCCUUUGCAAAUCUCGCCGCCAGGGACUGGAAGGCCGGGCGGGCCACAGCCUUUUUGACGCGGGUGGCACUAGGACCCGGGCGGCGCGGGCCUCACUCCUAACGCCCACGGCCGGGGCGGGGCCAAGCUGUGCGGGGAGCCGGGGCCUCGCUGCUCGACCCGCCCCUGGAGGCGGACCGAGCUGACUUAAACUCUGGGGCCGGGGAGGCCGGACUGUCCUCCCCGCUUGCCCGCGCCGGGCUGUGCGCCCGUCGGUAAGUGUGGCGCCGGGCGACCCUUCGCUCGCCCUCUCGGGUCCCCGGCGGGGCGCUGGGCGCCAGAAGGCCAGGCGCCCGCGGGCUGGGGCCCGGCGCGCGGCGGCGGGCGCUUUUGUUCUGAGGCGAGGACGGAGUCGCGGGGUCGCGACCGCUCAGGCGGCUGCGGGCCUCGGCCCGGGAGCAGCUCGACCGGCCGUUCCGUUCGUGGCCCUGCGGGCCGCGCGGGGCUGGCCGUGGCCGGCCGCGGACGUCGACCCGACCCGGAGGGCGGCGCCUGCCUGGGUGUUUUCUUUAAAUUGCCUUACUCCUUGCGGUGGAGGUCGCGGGCGGAGAGAGCGAGUACGCAUUUUGUUCAACUACAAGGCGGUGGUUUAGGCGGACCAAAGAAGUAAACACUGUGUGAAGGGGGAACACAUGUUCGGAGGGGAAAUGGGAACAUAAACCAUAAUAAAAGAGUAAGAUUGUACUUACAACCCCAAAAGGUAAUUUAUUGGAUCACAUCAUUUAGAAGUUCGAGUAGCUCCAUCUUCGGCUGGAUCUAAAAUCUGAGUCUAAGGAAAGAAGAUUUUAAAGACUUUUGAGACACUCCAUUUUGAGCUCUGCUGUUUUCAGCAUUGACUUCAUUCUCAGACACACCUCCCUUCAUUGAGUGGCUGCAGCAUCUCCAGAUUUUAUUUAUUUGACAGAGCGAGAAAGCACAAGCAGGGGGAGCAGUAGAAGGAGAGGGAGAAGCAGGCUUCCCGCUGAGCAAGGAGCCCGAUGCGGGGCUCGAUCCCAGGGCCCUGGGAUCAUGACCUGAGCCGAAGGCAGACGCUUAACCAUCUGAGCCACACAGGCGCCCCAUUCUCUCUUUAUUUUCAAUGAAGGGUUAUGGCAACAAAGGACACAAUAUAUGACCAACUGAGAGAAAAGAGAGAAGGCACAGGCAAAGUCCAUGAGAAAACUUCAGCUACUGCUGUGCAGAGAAGGAUAUUCUUAAGUUCAGCCAUACUUGGGGUUUGUCAGAUUCCUGACAUUCAAAACAACUGACUUUUAAUACACUGCUACUACAUCAAAUCAACAAUGAAUUGGAAUGCAAAACCAGAGAAUGUCACCUUACCACCACAGUAUCCUAAAAAGCAGUCGUCUUUUUUGGAGCAGGCUUUAAUAAAUACGCUUAACACAACAUCUCAGAGUUCUUUAAACUAUCCUGGAAGUAACCAAGAAGCAUGUAUGUUUCUUGGUAAUUCAAAUCCAGUUUCACAGCCACUGCUAAACAUCAGAAAUUAUACAACUCCUCAGCAAAUCCCUAUUCCUGAUAUGCAUAAUGGGACACUUGUGGCCUCACAAACUUCAGUGGAAAGAAUCACAUAUGCCAAUGUUAAAGGAUCCAAACAACUAAAUCACAAUUUGCAAAUGUCUUCAGGAGUAACACAAAACAUAUGGUUGAAUUCACCAAUGAGGAAUUCUGUGCUUUCUCAUACAGGGGCAACUGUGUCCCAUCAAACUGGUUUUGGAACUAAUACACCUAAUAUACAUGCACUACAGAAUCCGUUUGUAACAUCAGAUUCCUAUUCUAUGCAACUACAAAUGAUCCCUUCUAAUUCUGCAAGAGUUCCUGUAACUUACCCAGGAGCCCCGAGACUUAACCCAUCUUUAUCAGAACGACAGGUUGAUUGGGCACAACAGUAUACAUCCAGUGGACUGACUUACCCAGAUUAUAGACCACUUCCAAAGCAAUACAGUUACUCAUCACGAAGCUUUUUGCAAGAUCCUGCUCUUCAGAAACAAAACCCUAUGCCAUCUACAUCAUUGCAUAUUAAAAAUAGUCACCCUCCAGAUUCUCCACGGACUUUACAGUCAAAGCAGACUGCAACCAUACAGUCCUAUCAAUAUGCAGUUACUCAAACUGACAAAAGACCUCCGCCUCCUCCUUAUGACUGUAGAUAUGCAAGCCAGCCUUUGCAGAGUACUCAGCAUGUUAUUAAACAGGCUGCUGUGGACGUUCCUCAAAUGCACUUACCUGAAAUGAGGAAAGACUUCUCUAGAAGCUUUCAACAGCAUUGGCAAAACCUUAAUGAAACUGUCAGCACCGUUGGAAAUUCCUGUAACUUGAAAGUAAAUACCAAUGUCACUCAGCCUUUUAAUGAACCUGUUAGAUCUUCUGUGGAUGGUGUUCAGACCCUUGCUCAAAAUAAUCAAGAGAGAAGAAUAGACUCUUGUGAUCUUUCAAAUCAAGUACUGGACACAAGUGCCACAAAAGAAAAGUUAGUGAGGGAUAUUAAAACAUUAGUAGAAAUAAAAAAGAAGUUUUCGGAACUUGCAAGGAAAAUUAAAAUUAAUAAAAAUCUUUUGAUGGCAGCAGGUUGUAUUAAAACAACUGAUACCUCUUACAGUGAAUUAGCUGCAAAUUCUGAAAUGUCUCUGAAACAAACUACCCAAAUCCAGUCUGGACCACAGGUGACCCUAGUGACUCCAGAGGAUAAACCACCAACCAUAAUAGAAUCUGGAAAAGAAACAAAUAGAACACACAGUACAAUAAAUUCCAACAUUCAGGACCUGAAUUGGGGAAAUUGUAACCAAGUGAAUUCUGUUUUACUAAACUCUGUCUAUUCAGAAAAGUUGCCAAUGCCAGACCAGUUACAUGAUUUGAAAGUUAGGACUUCUUUAAAGGCAUCAACUGUUGACAUUGCCCAGGCAACAUUAAAUAAGGCCCAGAUUUCAUCAGGAAAUGUCAAUGUUGAACUAAACGUGCCAACAAAUUCUGAAACAACUUCUGUUCCUCAGUCUACAUCCUUUGAGGAGUAUGUUUCAAAAUAUCCAAAUAAAAAUACGCUAAUUCUCAGUUUACUUACAUGUAGAGAUAAACCUCAGGAGAAAUUAUUAAAAAAUGCUAGUGAAACUAUUCAGGGUUCUAAACCACAUAGUUUUGAAAUUAACUCAAAUAACCAAAUCACCAGUAACCAACCAACCUUGAAAACCAUGGAAACUCCAAGUACAUGUAAUAUAAAUGCCAAGGUUUUAGACAACUCAUUUUGCCUUGAGCAUAAAUCCUCAGCAAGUGGGGUAUCUUCUAAAAGUGACAAUCACUUUCCCAUGGAAUUGCUAGCAACAUGUCUUUCUCUCUGGAAAAAGCAGCCUUCAGAACCUACAGAGGAAAAACAGUAUAAUGAGUCAAAAAACAGAACAGCAGUUGGAGGUUCAAAACCUGUGGAAACCUGUGGUAAGAGUCCAUCUUCAGUUGUAGGAAAUGCUCAGAAUAAGAUGAUAAACACCUCACAAGAAACAACUUUGUCAAUAGUAGUACAGAAUUAUGAAUCUUCCAGUGCAACUGUUACAAAGGGAACAGAACUUCAGGUUGCUAUAGUCUCACCCUUAGUUCUUUCAGAUGUCAAAACAUUGUCUGCCAAAGGAAUAACACCUGAAGCUGUAUCUGAAACACUGUAUCCAGUUAUUAAGGAAGGCAGUGUUUGUAGCUUACAAAAUCAGUUGGCAGAAGAUACAAGUGUUACUGCUGCUCUGAAAGCUAAUCUUAAGGAACCGGUAGCAGGUACCACAACAGACACAAAGAUGUUCUCACCAAUUCAGAAGGAAGAGCAAAGUGAGUCAACUAAUUCAGAAGACAUACCUAAUAGCAAUCAAGGAAAGCCUAUCAAGUCAGGACCAGAUACCCACCAUUCUGUGAGUGAACAGCAAGUCUCAUAUAAGUCAAGAAACAGUGAUCUUGUUAGUGGUGAUAUGUUACAUAUUGACAAUAUUUGUUCUCUUGUUGAAGGUGAUACAUCUUACAAUUCCCAAAUAGCAAAGAUAUUCAACUUGUCUCCUUUGAAAAGGGUUGAGCCACAGAAAUCUCUACCCAAUCACAAAGUGAUUACUAAGGGACAACAAAAAGAGCAAACAGACAGUCUCACUAAAUAUAAAGACUUUGGUUUUCAAAAUGAUAAUUUUUUACAGUGCACAGAUAUUUCACGUAAAAUAACUGAUCAGGUAGAAUCUCUUCAACCUCCAGAAUCAUCUUUGAAGUAUGUUAAAGCAGAUAGUGGAAUUCUAGAGGAGAGCAACUUGGACCAUAUCACUAAAAAAAAAAGCAUGGCUAAUGAUAGAUGUUCCUCGCCUGCUAUUGAGCAGGAUAGUUGUCCUCGGGAAGUUGAUUCAUCCUGCAAUUACACUGCCCAGGAUCCUGCAAGAAGUGAGAUUCUCAGUGAUAAGGCAUCUGUCUUAUACCUACACGAUCAGCUGUCAGAACUUUUAAAAGAAUUUCCCUAUGGUAUUGAAGCUGUGAACACACAUGAAGGUUCUGUGGCCCAACAGAAAACAAACCAGAUCUCGAAAGAUCAAACUUGUGAUAAAACUGGUUGCGACUCCAAGGGCUCAACAGACCAAAUACAAAUUACAAUAUUAAACUCAGAGCAAAUGAAAGAAUUAUUUCCUGAACAUGAUAAUCAACUCUGUGAGGUAGACAAGUUAACAGAACAUCAGAAAGAACCUGUAAAAAAAGAAGGGCACAGCCAGUGUGACCCACAAGCAGACACAGAUGGAAAGACUGAUGAUAACUUAAUGGAUUCAGAGAAAGACGAUGUUGGUUGCUGUGCAUUGGGGUGGCUGUCUAUGGUUUAUGAAGGAGUACCCCAGUGUCAGUGUAAUUCCAUCAACAACUCAACUUCAAAGGAAGAAAAAGGGGAAAAUCAGUGUUCUUCGAAGAUCAAUAGUUGUAAACAAGGAGAAAGAACUUCUGAUAGAAAUGAUCCUGUUGGGUGUAAUAGUCCUCUAAAUAACAAUCUGAAGAUUCCUUUGACUUUGCCGGAUAUGAAAAACCAUUUUCCUGAAAUAGAGCAAGGCAAAAAUAGAAAUGAUAUGCCCAAAACAAAACAAAAGUCACUGAGGACAGAACAAGAACUAUUAGGUCCGUUUUUAUCUAAAGCUGAUAAACUAGAUUCCAUGCAAAGUCACAAAAGAAAAGGAAAACUGCAGUUUCAUGAGAUAACUUUUCACACCAGUAAUAAAAUGACAAAAUUUUCUCAAGAGAGCCUGCACCAGAAGUUCAUGGCACAAAACUCACGUCCACUAAAAACAAAGGUGGGUUUUUUGACAAAUAAAAAAGAUCCACGUAUGAAGAAUGGUUCUUUGGUACAGUCAGUAUCCCCAGAGAAAAUAAAAUUGAAAGCAGGUGGCUUGAGACAAAAAGUUUUGGAAAAAAGGAAGUUAGAUGAUGGGGGCAUGCUUGAUUCAAAGAUAAAGAGGAAGAAAUACGAUAAACAAGAGCAGAAUAAAAGUGUGGCAGAUGGUACCUUUAAAUUAUGUAAUUUUUUGUCAAUUCCAAAUGAAAGAUGUAGGGUUAAAGAAAAGACAGUAUCAAAUGUUAAGUCCUCAGUCUCCAAGGAUAGUUCAUCUAAAAUUAAUAGAGUUCUGACACCAAAGGAGUAUUUGCAAAGGCAGAAGCACAAAGAAGCAAUGGGUAGCAACGCAUCAAAGAAAAGCUAUGUGAGGAAUGUACCGUGUGAUUCUCAAUACGUGAAGUCCAGUAAACUUGCCAUGCAAGUAGGGAGUUGUGAGAAAUCAGAUGAGAUCCCUAACAGCAGUGUACAGACUUCUAAAGAAUCCUUAAAUAUUUGUUCAAGCCAUGGUAAAAACCUCAAGAUCCACCAUUCUGAGGAGUCCAAAGUAUACAUUUCAAGGAAUGUUAAGGGAAUAGUUGGUGGAAAACAACCUGAUAAAAUGUGGAUUGAUAAAACCAAAUUAGACAAAAAUUUAAGCAGCAUAAACAAUGAAGUGGAAUUCAGUCAAGUGUCUCACCAGUCAAAGGAUCAAAGGAAACUGUAUCUGAACAGAGUUGCAUUUAAAUGCACUGAGCGUGAGAGCAUUUGUCUCACAAAAUUAGACAGUUCACCCAGGAAGCUUAAUAAAGAAGGGAGACCGGAAAAUAAAGCUCAGACCCUCUUACCUGUGAAAGAUGCCACAGAAAAACCAAGCAUGCUGGAAUUUAAAUUAUGUCCAGAUGGACUGAUUAAGAAUACAAAUUAUGUUGAUGACUGGAAGGAUCUGCAGCCUUGUCCUAGGAAGGAGCAAGCUCCUAUGCAAGUUUCAGGAAUAAAAAGUACAAAAGAAGACUGGUUAAGAGGUGUAACUGAGGAGAAAAGGAUGCCAGAAGCCAGCCAAGAAAUAGGAGAAUCCUAGCAUCAUGCCCUGUUUUGCUGACAAGUAUUCUCCAUUUGAAAAGAAGUUCCUAUAUCGCUACUUAGGACAUAACGACUAUGCAGCCUGAACUGUCCAUCAUGAUGGGGUGCUCUCUGAUUCACAAAACUAUAUAACUGGGGUGGGGGGGCUGGGUGGCUCAGUUAGUUAAGCAUCUGACUCUUGAUUUCAACUCAGGUCAUGAUCCUCAGGUCCUGGGAUCGAGCCCCAUGUAAGGCUCUACACUCAGGGGAAGUCUGCUGGAGAUUCUCUCUCUCUCUGCCCUUCCCCCCCUUGCACAUGUGUGCUCACUCUCUCUCUCAAAUAAAUAAAUCUUUAAUAUAUAUAUAUAUAUAUAAUAUAUAUAAUUGGAUUGGUGCUGCAGCAUUUCAUUAUUAAAUGAAAAUAGUAUAUUCGUUACAAUCCAAGCAGAUCUUAAGGCAUAAUUAAAACAUAUAGUCAAGUCAUCCCAGUGUUCUGUCAUACCUGGGGCUUUCUGCUUCUCUGGCUUUCGUCUGUCCACACAUUCGGCUGCAUGAGGAGUGAACAAAAGGAAAGUAAGGUCCUGGUUUAUGAAUUGGUUUGUACAGUAUGUUGACUCCAGCCAGAACUAUCCGAUAGUUCUAUGUAGAGAUGAUACUAAAAGACAGUGAUAAAGCCAGUCUCACUAUGGUCUGCCAUAGUGGAGGAACAUAUGUUUCAUAGUUUCAGGAACAGAUGAAAAUAAUUCUUUUAAGCUUUUGAGUUACUUAUACUGAAAACCCCACAGCCUUUAUAAGAGCAAAUUCUUGGGUGUGAUUAAAUGUGAAGUUGAGACAAAGCACUAGUUCAUUCACCUUCAUAGCAUCUACAGACUGACUAAAUAGGCAAAAAAACCCCAUUAAAUAACUAUCAGAACAUAUAUACACAAUUCCCUAUCUGGUUUGAUAAACUAUUAAGCAAGAACCAAAGUAACUGAGGAGCCAGUGCAUCUGGUUAUCAACUUUGGACUUAGGUGGAUAGACAUUCUGAUGUAUGAGUCAAUAUUAAUUCAUGGACAGUGGCUAAUGGGUUCACCUGCUGGUCAGAAACUUAGAACAAGAUUGACACAUUGGUGUUAAGGAAGUCUGGGGGAAAAUCAUGUGGAAGACCUCUCAGAAUGUGCAUGGUAUGACAAAUCUGCAACCCAUAUCAGUGCCCAUCAGAGGGCAUCCACUGCAGAGUAGGCUCUCAGUAAUCAGAUGGAUAGUUUAUCCAGUCCUGUGGGUCAUUCAACCUCUUUCACCAGCCACCCUGCUGUUUGCUUAAUAGGCCCAUUUAUAAAGUGGAUGGCAACAGGGAAGGAGGCUCUGCAUGGACUUCUCACUUCUGCCUCUGCUAGGUACCCGCGUGCUUUGAGUCAGAGACAUGCUGAGUCCCUGACAGAGCACACCGUUCUCCAAGGAACUGAUGAGCUACUUGGAGGCAGAUUGAUGCAUUGGACAUUUUCCAUAAUGGAGGGAGGAGCAAUUUUUCCUCUUGGGCAUAGAAACAUAUUUCAGAUAUGGCUUAGCUUUCCUGCCCCAAAUUCUUCUACCAGCACUAAACAGAAGGCCUUAUUCAUUGCUAUUCAUGUUCCAUACAAGUCAUCUCAGACCAAGGAACAUAUUUACAGAGAAGGAUGGAAUGCAGUGGAAUUAUACUCACAAGAUUCACCAACAUUACCACAAGCCCCAAGCCAACAUCUCGCUUGACAAAAUGGUAGAAUGGCCUGCUAAAAACUCAGUUACUAUAUGAAUAAAAGAAAAUUACCUUACAGGAUUGGGGUGCUGUUGUACAGGAUGAAUAAUUGACUUAAAUCAGCAGACAGUACAUGGUGACAUCUCCCUCAUAGCCAAAUACAUGAGCCCAGGAACCAAGGGGUGGAAGUCCAGAAUGGUUCUAUUCAGUUUUUUCCUUGUUUUUAAAAAAUUGAGAUGUAAUUCACAUAUACAUCUAAAGUGUACAAUGCAGUGAUUUUUUUAAAGUAUAUUCACAAAGCACAACCAUCACCACUAUCUGAUUCCAGAACACUGUCAUUAUCUCUAAAAAAAGCUGGUACCCUUAGUGGUGUCCCUCAAUUUCCCCUCCCCCCCCCAGCCCCAGGUAAUCACUCAUCUAUUUUCUGCCUCUGUGGAUUUGCCUGUUCUGGGUAUUUCUUAUGAAUGAAAUGAUAUAACAUGUGGCCCUUAUAUAUAUGUGGCUCCUUUCAUUUAGUAAGAUGUUUUCAAAGUUCAUCCAUGUUGUAGAAUGUAUCAAUACUUCAUUCCUUUUUAUGGCUGAAUAAUAUUCCAUUGUAUGGCUUUUUACUUUUAUUUUAUUAUUAUAAUUAUUAUUUUUAAGUAAUCUCUACACCCAAAAUGGGGCUUUAACUUACAACCCUGAUAUCAAGAGUUGCAUGCUCCACCAAUGAGCCAGCCAAGCACCCCCAUGGCCUUUUACCUUUAUUUUAUUUUUAAUUUUAAUUUUUUUUUCAAAUUUUUGUUUAAAUUCUAGCUAAUUAACGUAUAGUGUAAUAUUGUCUUCAGGAGUAGAAUUUAGUGAUUUAUCACUUACGUAUAAUACCCAAUACUCAUUAUAACCAGUGCCCUCCUUAAUACCCAUCACUGAUUUAGCCCACCCCCCACCUACCUCUCCUCAGCAACCCUCAGUUUGUUCUCUAUUGUACAGAGUCUCUUAUGGUUUGUUUCCCUCUCUCUUUUUUUUACCCCCUUCCCAUAUGUUCAUCUGUUUUGUUUCUUAAAUUCCACAUAUGAGUGAAAUCAUAUGGUAUUUGUCUUUCUCUGACUUAAUUUGCUUAGCAUAAUACACCCUAGCUCCAUCCAUGUCACUGCAAAUGACAAGAUUUCAUUCCUUUUGAUGGCUGAUUAAUAUUCCAUUGUAUGUAUAUACCAUACCUUUAUCCAUUCAUCAGUCAGUGGACAUUUGGGCUCUUUCCAUAGUUUGGCUCUUGUUGAUAGGCCUUUUGUUUUUAAGCAUAAUAAUCCACUUAAGGAAGAUUUUCUUCCCAAUCUGUAAUCAUUGGGUUCAGUGGGUUUGAAGGUUCCAAUGUCCAGUGAAAGAAUAUUCCACUAGUGAACACUGACAUAGUUCUAGUAUUUUGGUAGCUGGUACUCCCUCCUACCAUUUUGGGUUCCUCAUGCCACUUAAAUGCUAAGCAGUGAAAAAGGGGUCACUGGCUGGGUGAUUGAUCCUGGUUACCAAGGGGAAAUUGGGUUGCUGCUGGCUAAUGAAGGAAGGCGGUCAGUCCAAGUCUGCAACCCAUGGAAAUGUGGAUGAGGGAACAGAUUUAAGAAAUGCAGAGGAGGUUAUAUUGUCAAGACUUUGUGAUUGAUGAGGUGUAGGGAUUGAGGACAAGGAAGGACUGCUGACUUAGUGGCUCUUUAAGUUUCUGUAUCUUUUUUUUUCUAUCCAUUUUUGUAUUAGUUACUAGGAGAAAAGUGACAAAACAACCAACAAUAAUUACGAAAUACUCAAAUUCUCUCUGUUUUGUCACUUUUGUUUUCUUUUUUUCUUUAAAGAUUUUUAUUUAUUUGGGAGAGAGAGAGAGCAGGAACUGGGUGGGGGGAGGGGCAGUGGGAGAGGGAGAAACAGACUCUCUGCUGAGCAGGGAGCCUGAUGUGGGGCUCGAUCCCAGGACCCCGGAAUCAUGACCUGAGCUGAAAGCAGAAGCUUAACCAGCUGAGCCACCCAGGCACCCAUCACUUUUGUUUUCAUGUAACAGUCUGUUUUGAGACUGUUAUUAGGUGCAUAUAUGUUUGUAUUGUUAUGUCUUCUUGAUGAAUUGAUUUUUUGUUGUGAACUAUAUCUCUAUCUCUGCUAAUAUUCCUCAUCCUUAAGUCUACUUAGCUUACACAGCCACUCCAGCUUUCUUAUGACUAGCAUUUGCAUGGUGUAACUUUUUACACUUUUUUAACUUAUUUGAGUCUUCAUUAUUUAAAGACUUUCUAGCAUAUGAACAACAUACAGCAGCAUAUAUAUUUAGUAUUUUGUUCUUCAUAUAUUGAGAUAGUAAUCCUUUGCCAUACUUGCUGCAGUUAUUUUUCUGAACUAUAUUUCAUUAAUCUCUUGUAUUAGUGAAUUUUUUAAAAAGUUUUAUUUAAGUAAUCUCUACAUAUCCUAUGUGGGGUUCAAAUUUAUGACCCCAAAAUCAAGAGUCUCAUGCUCUUCCUACUGAGCCAACGAGGUGCCCCUUAGUGGAUUUUAAAAGGAGAAUUCUUUAAAGGAAAAGUGGAAAUUGAGACUACCUGACUAAUUCUUUCUUCCAGUAUAAUCUUGCCCAGGAAUAUAAAACUAUAAAGAAUAUGUAACUUCACUAUUUACCUUAGGAUAUGCUUGCCAGUCAGUGUAUCUGGGAAGAUCAUCUGUAGGAACAGCUCUCCUAUUAAGAUAACCCCUUGCUCACCUGGAAAAGAGCUUGCUUCUCUGACAACAGUUUGCUAUCAAAAAUUACUUUAAAAUCCUCACUUUGCUGUCAUAAACUCCUCCCAGUUCCAACCAGGUCUGCACCUGGAAGGACCUUCUUUAAACCACUAGAAUCUAGACCUUCAAAGCCUUAAUCUGUAAUCCUUCCUUAAUCCACCCACCUCCCCUCCUGAGUCACAAUUGAGUCAAGGUGGCACUGCCCUCUGCUGCAGUAAAUUUAAUAAACCCAACUUUGAGUAGAUUUCUCUGGUGGUCUGAUGGGAAGUUGACAAAAUUUUGAAAACAAAAUGGGCAUUUUUGUACAAUUUGUAGGCAAAUAAAAUUCUCUGUCAAACACUGAAUUUUAUGAUCCAAUCCUACUUCAUUUUUUCUUACUGCUCACUUAUCUAAACCAGAUUAAAAUGACAAUACU